CUAUAACCUCUCACUAGCAUUAUCUUGGUAUUAGACAUUUACCAAUUUUGACAACCAUGCCAAACAUAAUGUAUUUGUAAUGAGUUAAAGUACAGUGCUUUUUUUUUUCUUUUUAUUUUUUCGUUUUUUUUUUUUUGUAGAUUAGUUUAUCAUGUCCGAUAACCCAUCUGACGAAUUUACAGCAUCAAUAUCAUCUGAAGAUCUAUCGAAUGCCGCAAGUGAGGAAUUAGACGAAGAUAGCCGAGAGAGACACACUUUUUUUCAAACAAGAUCCUUGACAGAAGAUCAGAUUGCCUCUUGCUUAAUGGCAAUAACUGGAAGUCCUACGCUUAUUAAAUUAGUUAAAAAACAUGGCGUCGCUCUACCAAAACUACACCAUACAGAUCUUCUGUCGUUACCAAAAAAGACGUACUUAGAAUAUACUAUUUUGCCAAUCCUGGUAAAUGCUGUAAAGCACAUUAUUAAGACUAGACCACAAAAGGCUAUAAGCUGUUUAGCGGCAUAUCUAAUGAAGCAUAGACAUCAAUACGAAGAUGACAGAUGGGAGAAUAAACACCAGACAUUCAACGUGGCUAACGUGGCUAACGUGUGUUCUAAAUAUGUUGUAAAACAAAAGGCUCAUGAUUAAUAUUUAAAUAAAAUUUUAAGUGGU